CAAAGAGAUAUGAUAUCAGUCUUUCAUCUAUUUGCAGAAGAUGACAAGAAUGGACAGAGUGGUAUCACAAAAUGAUAUCCUUCUCAUUUUUUUUGUUGUGGUUAAAAGUUGAUAUGAAUUUUGAACCACAUUAUGCUUCUUUACAUCCAUGUCCGACAAGUAGGCAGGAAAUGAAAAGAAGGAGCUCCGAUGGCGGCGGUAAGCGGCAACAAACCUCAUGUAUUGGCCGUUCCACUUCCGGCCCAAGGCCACGUGAAGCCGCUCAUGAGCCUUUGUCGCCAAAUAGCCAAACACGGCAUUAAAGUUACCUUUGUCAAUGUAGAGUCUAUCCAUCACAAAAUACUUUCCGCAUCCCCUCAACAGCUGCACGAUGAAGAUGAUUCCGAUAACAACAUAGUGAUGGAAACCGUCCCCGACGGUCUCACUCCUGAAGACGACCCAAACAACCCCUUUACGCUGCUCGAGACUCUCCCAAAGACAAUGCCGCAAACAUUAAUGGAUUUGAUUCAAAGGAUCAACUCCUCCAAUCCUAACGAGAAGGUUACCUGCCUCAUUGCUGACAUGUCAUUUUCAUGGAUUUUCGACAUUGCAGAUAAGAUGGGAGCCGAGCCUGUCGGUUUCUCGCCCCCUUCCGUCGCCUGCUUGGCCGUCUUGCUUCACGCUCCCAAACUCUUGGAGCAAGGAGUUCUCAAUACAAAUGGAUCUCUCCAAAACGGGGAUGCAAUUAGCCUUUCCAAUGAUAUACCUUCUUGGAGGAAAGAUGAGCUUCCAUGGUGUUUCUCCGACGACCUACAAACGGAAAAGGUCUUAUUCGAAGCUGUAAAAGGAUACAAAGAAGCUAGUAAGGCAAAGUGGUGGCUUUGCAAUUCUUGUCAUGAGCUCGAACCUACAGCUUCCGAGUUGCUCCCGAACGUCUUUCCAAUCGGGCCCUUAAAUUUACUCGACUCCAACAAUGUCAAGUCAACCAAUUUCUUCUCUGAAGAUUCAUCCUGCUUACGCUGGUUAGAUUCCCAAGUAGAUAGAUCCGUGGUAUAUGUUUCCUUCGGAAGUUUAGCAGUUUUCUCUCAGCAGCAGUUGGAUGAGUUGGCUCUCGGGCUUCAGCUAUUGGGCCGGGCUUUUCUCUGGGUUGUCAGGCCCGAUCUUGCCAACGGGUCGCGGGUCGUUUACCCUCCUGGGUUCGGGACUGGGCUCGGGAUGACGGUGGAAUGGGCGCCUCAAAAUAGAGUCCUUUCGCAUCCAUCCAUUGGAUGUUUCGUGUCACACUGUGGAUGGAACUCGACUAUUGAAGGUGUGAGCAAUGGGGUCCCUUUCUUAUGUUGGUCCUAUUUCGCCGACCAGUUGCAUAAUGAGAGGUACAUUUGUGAAAAGUGGGGGAUUGGAUUGAAAAUUGAUUUUGAUGAAGAGGGUAUUAGAUCUAGAUAUGAAAUCAAGACCAAAGUUGACAUGCUUUUUUCUGAGAACAAGUUCAAGGAAAACGCAUUGAAAUUGAAGGAAUUGUGUAGCAAGAGUGUUGCCGAUGGUGGAAAGUCUUGCAACAAUCUAAAAAAAUUUAUCGAUCAUCUUCAUAGGAAAUGAAGGAUAGUUUUUAUUUAUUCCUAAAAUUAUUUUAUUGCUCA